AUGGGCCCAGCCGGCGCAGGCAAGUCGACCUUUUGCACCGCCCUCAUCCAGCACCUGCAGAACAGCAAGCGUCCAUGUUUCUACGUAAACCUCGACCCGGCCGCCGAAGAGUUCGCUUUCGAGCCUGAUCUCGACAUCAAGGACCUCAUCAGUCUUGAAGAUGUCAUGGAAGAGAUGAGCCUGGGGCCCAACGGCGGCCUAAUCUACUGCUUCGAGUUCCUCAUGGAGAACCUUGACUUUUUGACCGAUCCGCUCGAAGAGGUCACGGAAGAAUACCUGAUCGUCUUUGAUAUGCCCGGCCAGAUCGAGCUGUAUACUCACGUGCCUAUACUGCCAGGUCUGGUCAAGCACCUCAUGACGGGCUCGCUGAACAUCCGCAUGUGCGCCGCAUACCUCCUCGAAGCCACCUUCGUCAUCGACCGCCCCAAGUUCUUCUCGGGUACCCUAUCCGCCAUGAGCGCCAUGAUGAUGCUGGAGAUGCCGCACAUCAACAUACUGAGCAAGAUGGAUCUUGUUAAGGGACAAAUCGCAAAGCGCGACCUCAAGCGCUUUGUUGACGUAGACGCAGAGCUCAUCGAGGAUGACCCUGCGCGCAAGAAGAACACGCCCGAAGAAGAGCGCAAAUACAGGGAUCCUACUUCGACAGAGAGCCUGAUGAGCGGGUCCUCUUUCCACAAGCUGAACAAGGCAGUUGCCGAGCUCAUCGACGGCUUCAGCAUGGUAUCGUUCCUCAAGUUGGACGUGCAGGACGAGGAUAGCUUGGGCGCAGUGCUGAGCUACAUCGACGAUGCCAUCCAAUUCCACGAAUCGCAGGAACCGAAGGAGCCCAAGGAGUUUGACGUUGACAUCGAAUCAUGA